ACCCACGCUCCCCUUUCACCUCACGGCAGUUGGCUAACGUGUAAGCCAGGCGCGCGGGCCGGCUGAGUAACUGGGAGCGCGCCGCCCCGGGAAUCGGGCGUGCGGAAAGGCGGCGAGGGGAUUCUUGGAGCGGCUUGGCCUUUCCCAGGAGCGAGCGAUGGGGCGCGCGGGCGCCGGGGAGCGGGCGCCCGUGUAGUCCGCGCGCUGCCCGACCCGGGAGCGCGGGCAGGCCUGUGAGGGCUGCCGCCCCGAGGGCCCGGCCUCCCGCCAUGGCCCCCAUGGGCAUCCGCCUGUCCCCGCUGGGGGUGGCCGUGUUCUGCCUGCUGGGGCUCGGCGUGCUCUACCACCUCUACUCGGGCUUCCUGGCCGGCCGCCUCAGCCUCUUCGGCCUGGGCGGCGAGCCGAGCGGCGGGGCGGCGGGGCCCGCGGCCUCGGCCGACGGGGGCACGGUGGAUCUGCGCGAGAUGCUGGCCGUGUCGGUGCUGGCGGCCGUGCGCGGCGGCGACGAAGUGCGGCGCGUCCGCGAGAGCAACGUCCUCCACGAGAAGUCCAAGGGGAAGACGCGCGAGGGGGCCGACGACAAGAUGACCAGCGGGGACGUGCUGUCCAACCGCAAGAUGUUCUACCUGCUCAAGACCGCCUUCCCCAACGUGCAGAUAAAUACUGAGGAACACGUGGACGCAGCUGAUCAGGAGGUUAUCUUAUGGGAUCGUAAGAUUCCUGAGGACAUCCUAACGGAAAUAGCCACUCCUCAGGAAGUGCCAGCGGAGAGUGUUACUGUCUGGAUUGACCCACUUGAUGCUACACAGGAAUAUACUGAGGAUCUUCGAAAGUAUGUUACUACUAUGGUGUGUGUGGCUGUAAAUGGUAAACCUGUGCUAGGAGUAAUACAUAAGCCAUUUUCUGAAUAUACAGCUUGGGCGAUGGUAGACCAUGGGUCAAAUGUGAAAGCCCGCGCUUCUUACAACGAGAAGACCCCGAGGAUCGUCGUGUCUCGCUCACAUUCAGGAAUGGUCAAGCAGGUUGCUCUUCAGACUUUCGGAAACCAGACCACAAUCAUCCCGGCGGGUGGUGCUGGUUAUAAAGUUUUAGCACUCUUGGAUGUGCCUGAUAAGAGUCAAGAAAAAGCUGAUCUAUAUAUCCAUGUGACAUAUAUCAAAAAGUGGGAUAUAUGUGCUGGCAACGCCAUCCUAAAAGCCCUUGGGGGGCAUAUGACUACCCUGAGUGGGGAAGAAAUCAGUUACACGGGUUCCGACGGCAUUGAAGGAGGGCUCCUCGCCAGCAUCAGAAUGAACCACCAAGCUCUGGUCAGAAAACUCCCCAGUCUAGAGAAGACAGGACAUAAAUAAACCACGCUGGUUACAGGUCACCGCUCCUCCAGAGCUGAACAGUCAGCCUGGAACGCUGGAGGCUUCAAGGCAUUGGUGGAGACUGCAUGGUUAAGGCCAUCCCGAACUUUUUAAAGUAUUUAUGAAGCAUCAGAGACUUAUUUUCCCUGUAAUAGGAUGCAAGAUCAGGGAGAAUGGGUUGCUUCCUGUCUCAAGUAUUGUCUUUAUUUUUGAGACUAUUUUCGUACAGUUGUCAUACACAAGGCGCAUAUAUAUAUAUUUGUGAAUUAAAAUCUAUAGUCGAGUCUACAUUGUUAUGAGUCACCAUUUUCACACAAUAUCAUGAAUCUUCACUGUUAGUACUUUCAUAUAGAAUUGGGCUGAAGAAAGGAUUGAUUUUGUGUAGAUGUUUAAUAUUACUUUACAAUUAUAUCUCAUUGAAAAUAAAAUAAUUGGGGGUUUUUACCCCUAGUUCAGAUGGAAAGCACAAGAAGCUACAAAUUCAUUAAUAUGCAACAAAUUCUCUAUCACUUACUGAAUAUAUUUCUUACGGAUUAAAAUAGAAAAAGCUUAAAUUGUUUUUUUCUUUGAAAUUUUAAUAACAGGUUCACCAGCUAGUAGCGAGUAUAGAUAUAUGAUGGUUGCGUUGUAACUGUAAUUUCUGUGUGUGUGUGUUUUGUUUUGUUUUUAUAAAGAAAAGUGUGUUUGUACCUAUGGGUUCAACAUUUCUGCCAUCUUGCUGGUAGUUUUCAUUUGCCCUGUGGACGGUGCAUGGUUCCAUCCUUUCCCUCUUGACCAGCAUUUAGUCUUUAACUUGUAAGGUUUGGAUUAAGGUUUCAGGGUUAGCAUUAGAAUUUGGUAUAUUUUCUCAUUAGGGAUAAAAUAUGCUGUAUAAGGCAUUAUAAAAAUAUAAAUGAUCCUCUUAUUAACUGAAAGUUAUUUGACAUUAUGUGAAUUGAGCUAGCUUUUAUUAUUUUCAAAAGCCUUGUUAUAGUACUUUUUAAAAAAUUUGCCAGGUUUGUGUAUAGAGAUUCUCUCAUUAUCAAGAAUAAGUUAAGGUUGCUUUUGCCGUGGUUAGUUUUACCAUUAAUAAAUGGAUCUAACCUAACCAAACUAAGUAUUAACUUUUGAGAUAAUUUGUAUCUUCCCUUCAGAUUAAAAAAAUGAAGAUUGGAGUUACUUUUUGUUGAAUUUUUUUCCUAUUCAAGUGUGCAGAAUCUGGUUGGAAGAAAGGUUGUGACAUAUUCACUGUGUCACUGUAAUUUGAACCUUGCUUUGUAGGAUAUCUUCCAUUGGGAUGUCUGAUUUCUCUGAAUGUGAUAGCUGGAAAUUUCAGGUAAACAGUAGCAUUAUUUCACAUGACUUUGCUAUGGUUUUAUUCCAUAACACUGAUAAGGAGAGGCAUUUCUUGUGGUUUCAUGGUUUCUUUUCUUUAUAUCUUUCUUCCUUCCUCUCUCUCUCUUUCUCUCUCUUUCUUUUUCUCUUUAGAUUUUUUAACCCUAAAUCAACUUUCCAUUUAUUUUCCAAUCUUGGAGGUAAAGUUGACCAAAAGAUGGGCAUCCUCACCUGGUGGAAUGUGCUCACAACAUUAGGUUUGCAAAUUACACUGUCCAAGGUCCUUAUUCCUCACUGGGGAACCGGACCUAGUGUGAUACACACAUUACCACCCAGUCUCUAGCAACUGGUCACCAAUCUGGUAGGGUAAUGGGCCUUGAUAGGUAGGGUUUUGUUCAUGAAAAUUCAUUCAAAGUUUUGGUAGUUGGAACACUUGAUAUUUAAACAGGACUUAGGAAUUCUGAGCAGAAUAUUAGAGACUGCAUCUUUUUUUGCAACGAGAUGAGGAAAUCCUUUUUCUCAGGAGGGAUGGCAAAGGCAUAUGCUGUUUCCAGAGUCCUGUAGUACAAACAUUUGUUUUCUUUGUAAUGUGUCAAACUUAGGGAAAAGGGACUAGCAUAUUAGGAAAUGGGACUAGUUCAUAUUAGCAAGCAUGGUGCUUUGGUUUUAUUUUUAAUUUUGUUAAACCACAAGUAGAUAAUGACUUUGUGAAGGGCUUUGUUGUGUGGAAAAAUUAAGAUAUUGGCCGACAGUUAAAUGCGUCGUGUUUGUGAUUUGUUGGGCAUAGUAUAGUACUAAUGAUCUUUAAGUGCUUUUAUAAAAAUUUCAUUUUAAAACAUUUUGUUUCCAAAAGUCAGUAUACAUUAUAGAACUAAUGUAAGUACAAAGAACAGUAUUUAUAUUUAUUUAUGUAAGACAUUAUUGGGCCAGGACAUACCAGUAAAACACCUUCAUGAAUAAGUGAGACAGAUAGUAUCUCCCAAGAAUGACAUAAAUACAGUUAUUUCUAAAAUGUUUACUUUUAGUGAUCCUCACCUCCCUAGUUCCUUGUCUCCCUUUCCCUCAUCUUGACAUUGAUAACCUCAGGAUCCAUCAACUGUCCCCUUCCUCAGCCCCUCUUUGUCUCUACCUUGUUCCCUAUCACCCUAGCCUGUUGAUUAAUGUUCUCCUUUUAUUUCUGUUUCUCUUUCUUCACCAGUAUACUCUUCCCCAGCACUUAAUCCCCGAAUUGUCUCAUAGACCUACAUCUCCACGAUUGGUUGCUGAAAUCCUAGGGCAGAACGGAGACUCUAGUAAAGUUCCGAUGGAGAGAGUCGUCCUGGCAGAGUCCUAGCUGAAAAUUACUUUUCAAAGACUCCUCGAAAAGUAAAGGAAAAUCACCUUCAAAACCACAAAGUAACUGUCAAGUAUAACCCAAGUCCUCUGUCUUUACAGAGCGUUUCUUCUGACCCAUCCUUCAAAGAAUGAAAAUGCAGAAAAUACAAGAGUUGGCUGUGCUCUGCCUGCUGGAGAGAACUUGCUUUCUCUAUGAGUUUUCAUACUGUAUCCCUAUUUCAGUUGAGAGUGUCAGAGCCUACAAGAUGGGUCAUGUUUGUCUUUGUUAUUCAAUUGUCCCCUUUCCCCAAUUUUAGAGUUUUUCUUUGAUCCUAAAUAUUGAAUUGUUUAUGGCUGUAUAAUGAAGUAACAAGCGUCUUGGUCUGUGUGUUUUAAGUAGUAAUUGUGCAAAUUCUUCCUGUUUUCUGGGUGCUUCCUUUGAAUAUUGUGCAAAUUGAGUCAGAGGCAGUGGGAGGGGCAGUGACUAAGAAAAGACUAGGGAAGAAGGAAGCCCAGGGGAAGGGUAGCCAAGGGAGGAUGCCAAGCAGGCAUCUGCCCUGUCUCAGAUGUUUAAUUCAGAAGUUGGGCUUGGAAGGUGACAGCUGUCUCUCCUAGCUUAAACAUAAGUAAAGAAAGCUGGAGUGCCACCCCCUGUUCCUCAGAAAAGGAAAUAUCCAGCUUGCCUCUCCUUGAUAACAGCUUGAAAAUGGCCUUCUGGAGACAAGCUCUGGCAGGUUUAAAACAGGAACUGUUUGGAAUCUAGUUGCAACUACUUCUCCUGGCUGUGUGGUGGCUGCUUGUGGACAGAAGCAGUGAUUUUUCAGUUUAGAUCUUGGUUGAAUUUAAGGCUUAUUUAAUUAUUUUCAGCAUAUGCCUACAAAAGUCUGCCUUGUAACUGUUGUGUAAAAUAAACCUAUGGUUUCAUUUUUAUCCUAAAAACAAGUUGUGCCUUAACAACAGGGCAUUGUAUGUUAAUAAGGGAAAACAAAAUUCUUUUUAAUAGAUGGGGAAAACAGGAACUUUUGCCAUUAAAAUUUAAGUUCUUUUUAUGUUUUUAAUGUUAGAGUUGGGGAAAAUUCAUUAAAGUUAAAUAAAAUUAAUAUAAAAUUAUUUUUGCAUAUACAACUAAAGUGCAUUUUUAUAAGAACUGGCAUCUUGAUGUAUAUAGGUCUGAAAUGAUACUUCAUCCUUUGAUUUUUAAUUUGAAUUAAUAAGACCAUGAUAGAUUUUUUUUUUUAAUUUUACCCUUAAACUAUUUCAGUGUGCUAUUAUAUCUGUUCUAGUACUCUGAGUCACUUUGGUUCUAACAACUAUUUAUGGUAUCAUGUCAAGAAUUUCUUAAUGUUAAAAAGUACUGUAUGUCUGUGACAUAAACCAGAAUGGUUCGUAGAUCGGGGAGGGUUCGGAUUAGCAUUUAGUAAGAGGGCAAGAAGAACUGAACUUUGUACUUCAAAAGGAGGUUUUGGUUUUAUGAGGUGCUGGUCAUAAUAAGUUGUUUAUUUUUAUUUCGUCAAAGCCUGGCAGGUGUUUGCAUUCCAAUUUACCAUUGAUAAAGGCUUACAGGGAAGCUUCUUUUUUAAAAAUUAUUUUUUAAAAUGAGUGAUGAAUUAAUUCUGUGGGAAAAUGAGAUUUAUAAAUAUUAGUUUUCCUUUAAGAUAAAAUAAUAUAACCCAAACUUUCAGAAGUUAAGGAUGAUGAAUAAUAUUACAACUUGUUGUGUAUUGUGUUUGUAAGGGUUCCCUAAAGUAUUAAAAUUCAGGUAAUUUGUGUAAAUUGCAAAAGCAGAAACUGUGAUGUUUGAUUAGUAGUAUGUUGCAUUAGAAUUCUUUUUGAGAUGUGUGUUAUACAUAUAGUAAACUAUUAUUCAGACUUGUUCAUCCUGUAUUUUUUUAAAAUAGGAGAUACAGCACCCCAAGUCAUCUUUAGAUCAGUCUACAAAGAGUUCAUCUGUCUCCCCAAAUUAUCUCUUCUAAGCCCUCUUCGUCAUCUAUGUUCAGUUAAGUUUGAAAUGUUUAUAGACCUUAAUUUGUGUGUAAAAUAUGGACUUCAAUUUCCAUUGUGCCCUUGCAUCCACCCUUGGCAGUAGCCAAAACUAUCUUUAUAGUCUAACGGGAGAGACUGUGUUCUGCCAUGAUGAACUGUGGUGCUGCCAGUGUUUUUUUUUCCUCUUUUGAUGGUUUUACUUAAGCUACUAAAUGGAUAUACACAAGCAGUUGAGUUUACACUAACACUAUGAAACGGUAUUUCCCGUCUAUGUCCCUGCCUCUUCAAACUUGGGUGUGGUGGGUUUUUUUUUUUAAUCAUUUUCACUUCCUAGUCAAUCUCUUAUAAUGGGCUAAUGAUGACAGGGAUUAAAAUAAAACUAAAUACCUUUGAAUACCCCUUCCCCUCUCACACACUGAAAGCUGUGGAGGAACUAGACCAUUUCCGGUUGCCAAGACAUGCUUAGACACCAGAGUUGUCUUUGCUUGGCAUGCUAUCCCCUGCCUCACCCACACCACCUAAUUUAAGAGGGUCCCGACUUAAGCCUCCUUCCAGGUUUCUGAGCAGGCUUUUUGGCUUCUCACCCGUAGCCCUCACUUCUACACGUGCUGUUGUAAACUUCUUAAGGACAGGGAUGACGUCUUGGUGAUUUCUGUACUUCCACCUCAGCCUCGGCAGCUACCCCAGUGUCUGGAACAUAUUAGGUGCUUAAUGUCUGUCGAACUAAAUGGAAUAAAGGGUUUCUACUAGCGUCAGCGUUUCUCGUGCCUCAGUUGUGUAAGCUGGUUGUUUGUUUUCCUCUGCAAAUAUUUAUGUUUUAUCACCCACACACCCUAAAUUAUUUUUUAAAGUUUUGUUUUCUUUCCUUCAGAUACUACCCCAUGGCCAAAUAGCUCUAGAAAAUGUGGUUGCCUCCGAUGACAUGAUCAUCCCAAACCCUGCCCCUGGAUAUACUUUGCCAAACUGAACUUUGAGUUUCCUGAAUAAAUUGGUCGUGUCUGAAA